AGCCGAGCGCCGUCAGAGCAAUUUCGAACUAAUACACAACAUCAAAGUAUCAGUCCACGAUCUACCAUCACCGGGGGAUGGCGUCUGCACGCUCGUCCAUUUAUCAGGAUCUAUCAGAGAUUUAUGAUACUGUUCCAAAUAAGGAACAUCCCAGAAAAUUAAUUCCAGAAUUAUGCAAACAGUUCUAUAAUCUUGGAUGGGUCACUGGAACGGGUGGAGGAAUUAGCAUCAAACUUGAUGAUGAAAUCUAUAUUGCUCCUUCUGGAGUACAAAAGGAACGGAUUCAGCCAGAUGACCUUUUCAUACAGAAUAUUGACGGAGACGACAUACAGCUCCCACCGGACUACAAAAAGUUAACAAAAAGUCAAUGUACACCUUUGUUCAUGUUGGCGUAUCGUGACAGAAAUGCCGGAGCAGUCAUUCACACCCACAGCCAAUCUGCAGUGAUUGCUACACUAUUGUGGCCUGGACGUGAAUUUCGAUGCACCCAUUUGGAAAUGAUAAAGGGCAUUUACGAUCAUGAAUUAGAACGUAAUCUUCGAUUUGAUGAGGAACUUGUAGUUCCCAUAAUAGAAAACACACCGUUGGAAAAAGAUUUGGAGGACCGAAUGGCAAAAGCAAUGGAAGAGUAUCCUGGAACGUCGGCAAUACUUGUUCGGCGACAUGGGGUCUAUGUUUGGGGGCACAGUUGGCAGAAGGCAAAAGCAAUGGCGGAAUGCUAUGAUUACUUGUUUUCGUUAGCUGUUGAGAUGAAGAAGCUUGGAUAUGAACCAAACGAUGUUCCGAAGUACUAUAGAAACAACAAGUAAAUCAGUGAAUUUAAUUAUCAACAAAGGAACAUUAGGUGCAUUAAAAAUGCAAUAUUUGCCGAAACCCCAGGUGUCAUCGCCACUUAGCCUAUUAGAUUUGGCACUCACGAAGCAACAACAAUAAAAUAACGUAGAGCAAAAUAGGAAUAGGUUUGAUGCCCAUUUUUCCGCAGUAUCGGGUACAGUUUUUAUAGAAAGCACAAAAAAUACAUUGCAAUAAAAAUAUUUAACCACA